AUGAAAUUGUUGAUCUCAACGGUGCUCGUUUUAUUGAUCGCUGCUGUUAUCUACGCUGAAGUGGCACACAUUGGUCAGUCACCGCACGGUGUUAAUCCGACUCUUUAUGAUGCUAAGAGAGAUCCGAUUAUACAGUUAGAUGCGAGUAGUUUUAACGAUACCGUCUUUUGUAACGGUCCCAUUGAGAACUGUACAGCAUUUCUCAUUGAGAGAUGGCAAAAGGUGAUCAAAGUUGCUGCAAUGAACUGUGCUGAUCCAGUCAACGAAAUGACUUGUCGUGAUAAUGGAGUGCAGUUCUUCCCCUUCAUUAAGUACUAUCCACGCAAUGCAACCGACGCAUAUCAUUCAUCCAGGAUGCGACCACUGCAAACGUUAGCUGAAAUGCGAGAUCAGUUAACACAAGCGAUUCUCACUGAAUACGCCAACAAUAAAUAUUCGGAUUGGCCAGUAUUUGACUUUCUUGGCGACGUGAAAACGUACACAGAGUUAUGGAGUGGCACACCGCAAUCAGUCGGAAAAAUGGCGAUUGUUUUUGAAGGUGCUUCGGAUUCGUUAAUAGGCGCACAGCUGUUACUUGAUAUGAGUAGAUAUGAUGACGAACUGACCGGAAGACGUUGUUUAAAAAGCCAUCCUCUCGUCGAAGCACUUCAUAUCAAAGACUUCCCAGCAAUGGCCAUCUACAAACGCGGUGAACGACGACCUAUUCUCAAUGCUGAGCUCCGUCGCAUGCUGUUUAAUGAACUCGAAAUGUUCCUCAGCCAGAGUGCACCUCAACACUUUCAAAAACAGCUGUUAUCGAAUGAAGUACAUUCGAAUUUUUCAUCCAUUGACUGCGAUCUACAGCCCGAAAUAUGUCGUACACGAUACUAUGUCUCUGAACUGGAUAUUUUAAAAGCAACGCGCUAUGCACUCUACAGAGAAGUGGCUCGUUUUGGUGAUAAUUUUCGAGGAUCAAACCUAACAGCGCUAUACGUUUUCAUGAGUGCUCUUGCUGAGGAAAAAAAUGGCCUUCCGUUCCCGAUCAAAGAGGACUGGGAGCACUGCAAAGGGUCUGACCCGAAGUUCCGUGGUUACACGUGCGGUCUUUGGACUACAUUCCACACGCUCACCAUUCAAUCAUUUUUAAAUGGCUUUAAUGAUACGGAUUUCAAUCCUCUGUCACCUCUGCAAGCAGUUCGAGGUUGGGUGGACAACUUCUUUGGGUGCCGAUAUUGCAGAGACCAUUUCAUUCGUAUGACUACCAAAACAUUCCCGAUGGACGUCAACGUUCGAAAACCGGAUGAUGUCUUUAUGUACUUGUGGAGGGCACAUAACAUCGUCAACGCUCGCCUGAAGGGUCGCGAUACAGAGGAUCCCGAGUUCAUUAAAUAUCAAUUUCCAGCACCGUUCUUAUGUGCGAAUUGCACUGAAAACAGACAUUUUAAUCGAAAUGAUGUGAAACGAUUCUUGCUUGAUUUUUACACAACAAUUAUGCCAUUCCGGAAGGCGCAAAAUUCCGAUUAA